ACCAACAUCUCCAGCCUCGAGUUCAGCCUCUAUUUCUUCUUGCAUAUUAAUUCUACACCUCCAUUUCUUUCUGAUAUUUACUUCUGCCACUAUCUUGCUUUAUUUGAUAACUACCUCGCUCUCUUACCUUGAAGAUGUUACCGAAAUCCACCCGCUUCCUCAUUUCUGCUUUGCUUUCUGUGGGAAUCGCUCGUGUCUUCGCGAGGCUUAUACCUUUGACUGAAGAUGGCUCCAUCUUGGCCGAAAGAGAUGGUAUUAUCUCCGGAUUGUCUCCUACGUCUAUCUCUAGUAUCUUUGGUGACCCUACCCAUACCCUCUCUGAGAAACUGGCUAUGGUCGACUCUCUGCUAAAGGAGGCGGGCUUGACUGACACUGUCGAUAAAACUGCCCUGUCGGAGGCUCUGCUUCACGGGACUGGCUUGUCGAUGGAUUCGCUCAACGAGAAUGCAUUGACCAAUUCCCUACUAAACACGACCGGUUUGGCAACUUUGCAAAACAUACUUCAAUCGCGCACUGUAUACAUUCCCAAGAUAACCCACCCAAAGAGCGAGACGGUUUGGGUUACACGUUCCAAGGUUACGGUCAAGUGGGAAACGCACAACCCCCCGAAAAAGAUUACGAACCAGACAGGAAAGAUCGUACUAGGCUACUUGGAAGAUGGCACUGACGAGCACUUUGAUCUUGAUAAUCCGCUCGCGGACGAUUUCGAUAUUAUGGAUGGUAGCAUCGAUGUCUAUGUCCCAGACGUUGAACCCAGAGACAACUACUUCCUUGCCCUCUUCUGUGGCGACUCGGGCAAUAGAAGCCCAACCUUCACGAUUAACUGAGCUGUUGUGGCAUCUUAUCGAUUCUUGGGCGCAAUUCCGAAUCUCUGUAACCCGGAUAUUCCUCUGGUUUUACUUGCGCUCUUGUUUAUAUGAUUAUCUCGUUAUGCUGUUCUCGUUUGCUUAGGAUUUGAUGUUAUUCCCCUUAUUAAAUAGGUAACCUGACACAAG